CAGAGCGGAUGUUUAAAAGAUCGAUAAUUACAACUGUAAAAAAUGAGACUGUGCUACCGACUAAUUUGUCUGUUUCAUGUCUGCACAUCAUUUGCUCUUCUUGUCGAAGGCAAGAAUAUUGACAACAGAGAAGGUGAUGAGUCAAGGGUGGACAUUUUAAGGGACGCCGGGACGGAAGAAUUGGCUGUGGGAGAAUGUGAUCUUUCUACAAGCGAUGAUCUGCAGCGUUUCAUUCUUAAUGCAGAAGAAAGAGAGUCCGUCAAUUUGUUCCAGUUUACGGUAUAUCUUAGAAACUACAAUUCAAGUCCCUAUAGAAAUAACACUGGUUUUUAUUACAAGCCCUGGCUAUGGUACACAACAAAAAACCAACAUGGCCGGACUCUACUGAUGCUGUCCUUUCAUUACGACGUCUUGUCCAUGAACAUUCUCACCAUUGGCGUCAAGAAAGCGGACAUUGAACUCAGGGACAAUCCGUUCGGUUGUUUUGUAAAUUUGAGUACUGAUAUGCAGGCCAAUUCAAUCCGAAUGUUGUUAUUGAGUCAAUCUGUCGUUGAUAAGUCACCGUCAAGUGAAAGAUUUGUUUGUAACCAAGAAAUCCAACAAAUUGCUGGACGUGCAGACUUUGUCCACAACUGUUGCCGUAGAGAUAUCCACAACAACGUCGUCUGUUCAAGAAACCAAGAGGACUUUUGGAUCAACAUUUUAUACCUGGCCAUAACUUCGAUCAAGAUUUUGAUGUUUUUAUUCUGCCCUAAAUUUCUGCCAAAGACUGUUUACAACGCCGCAUAUGUUGCAUCGGAAUAUGUUGUUCACCUAAAGAACUCGAUCCAAAUGAAGAUUUUCAUCACAGAUCAGGCAGACACCAACGUCCGCUACAGAAAACGUUUGACCUUUGAGCAGAUCUCCGCGUGGGCAAAAUUCAGAGAAGCUGUUGACAACUUGCCGAGAGAAGAAACUAGUCACGUGCAUAUAUCACAGCUGCGGAUUAAGGUAAAAGGAAAAAGGAUUCUACCUGAAUGUGAACCUCCUACUGGGUUAUUAAGGACAGUUUACGAUAACCUAUUCAGGUGUAAACUAAAAAACCUUGACCCUUUUAAAGAUUGUUGUGAAUCAAGUAUCUUCGCGGACAUGGAGCCGAACUGUCGGCUUAAAAUUACAUGGUUCAAUUUUAUUCAGGUACAAUAUUGUUCAGGUACAAUUUUUUUCAGGUACAAUUUGGUUCUGGGACAAUUUUUUCUGGUACAAUUAGGUUCUGGUACAAUUUUGUUCAGGUUCAAUUUUAUUCAGGUAAUUGUGAAAAUGCUGAUGAUUGUUAUAUUCCCGAUCCCGUAUUACAUCCGUUUAAUCAUCUACUUUAAAUUCGAAGAAGAUGAACUUACCCAGCGACGAAGAGCUUUGGAGGCUAACGGUCUGUACGAGUCGUUUAACUUGUACAGGGCGAGCGUGGUGCAGUACUUGACUCCAACUCAUGGCCUGUUUCUUGCUACCUACGCUUUGUACGUGCUUGUGGCUGUCAUCAUCGGCUUCUCUGAUCGUACCUUCAGGGAGAAACUAAAAGACAUUUGUCGUUGUUCUCUUCAAGAUAUGAACGCCGUCUCUCAGACAGGCGUACUUGGCAUUGGUGUACGGGCGAUUCUUUACCCUUUUAAACGCUGUGGUAUUAUGGGAUUUCUCCUGGCUCCAGUUUAUUUAGUCGUUCUGGUCCCUGUUAGCAUUUGUGUGUUUCUACUCUACUGUUUACCUACAGUCUACUUAAGCUUCAGAAUUCCAUACCACGCACGUAAACUGGCCAGAGAAUCAGCUUUAGUAGCAGAUAAAGAGAAGAACCAAAUGUUAGUCAAGAUGCAGAUGUUAGGGAAGAAAUUAUCUCGAAUUGAUAAGUCUGUUCACAGCGACAAGCUCACCUCGACGGGAGAAAAUGUGUGUUGUCCAGACGAAUGGAGUUGUGCAGGAUGUGCUAGCGUGAGGAGCGUUUUGCUUCAAGUACUCACCUCAAUCUUCACACUGUGCAUUCUUUACUCGAUAGCCUUGGUCUUUUCGGAGUCCAUCGGUUUAUUUGUUGAGGUGAUGGCCUUUACUAUGAUGGGAAUUAUUAUAAACGCUGGUAAUGUCCUGAAGUACGUCUCGAUGGUCUUGCUUGUUUUUGUCUACAUGAAUGAUUGCUAUAGCAACGUGUAUGAGAACUACCUGACAUUCAACAAAACUAUCAUAGAUGACAUCAUUGAAAGGACGACCUCAGACCUCCGAAGAAUAGCUAGCAUGUCCUCUAGUGAACAAGAAAACACCGCCUUUCAGGUAACUUGUCUAGAUGAGACCAAAGAAAAAAUACCAAAAUUAGAUUUUUCAAACAAAGAAAUCCGGUGGAAAAUUGGGCAGUUACUGUUAUUUCUAGAUUGCAAUGACACACCCAGAAUUCCGUUGCGACUUUUUCAAAGACUUUGUGAGGUUCAAGUCUAUGGUGCACCAGGUCCAGUGUAUUUGAGUCUGCUGAUGGCUACAGGAAAGUUUAUGAUUAUCGUCGUGUUUUUGAUGUUUGUCAUGAUCGUUGUCAUGGCCUUUGGAAACGUGUAUGCGAUGUCCUCCACCAAUACUACCCUGGCUACGUUGGCUGGUGGAUUUGUUCCCAUGCUGUUGAAAAACGUUUUGUCGACUAGGGGUGCGAGGCUAAGUCUGAAGACGGUCAGUUUCAAGGGUCAGAUGGACGAGAUUAUCGACGAAUUCACGCAGUCCUGGCCUGUGUUGGACUUAAUUGUUGAAAGAUUUACACCCGAGGAAAAGGGUACAGAGGGCGAAAUGAAAAUCGAGAAAGAAAUCACUGAAAAGGAAGAGAAAAAUGAAAUAUUGGGCCAAGUUAGAGGACCUGGUGACGUCAUCAUGGCUAGCGGAAAUGAGGAGAAUGUGGUUGACCUAUUUAUAGACUUGAGUGUGGCCGACACCGCUGGCUGGUCCAUCUACGGGUCUGUAGAAGAACUGUCCUCUGGCUCGGAGAUAUUCAUGCCACCUUAUUUUGAGCCCGACGUGUCGACAGAGCCUCAGCAUCAACCACGGCCACAAGUCACACAGCUAGCGGUAGUAACUCCCGUCAUUGUCAUGUACUCACACGAUGAUGACCACUGAUGAUCAAAACUUGUUUACAUGAGUCUUUGGAGUCAUUCAAACAUCGUUUGCAUUUUGUUGCAUUGUAUUAAAUAGACUACUUUUAUUUAACUGUAAUAAAAUACAAGACAAAGUAAAAUAUUAUGAGGAAC